GUUACCUGGCCGUCUUUAGUGUUUUGUGUUUUCCUGCCGCAGUCUGCAGAUGAGUUGAGUCACUCGGCUCCUCUCCGCCGACUACACGUAAACCUCACCUGGAUCACCGGAAGUGGUUCUGAGCGGCUGUUCCCCCGCCGGGUUUCUACUCCUUCUUCCCUGAAACGAGCUCCUCCGCCAGCAGCUGGUAGCGGUCACGUGAUGUCAGGAUGCCUGAAUUCCCACCAGACCCGCCCCCUUCAGAGCGCCAUGGUGAUGCCAUCCCCGCCACUGAGGGAAGUGGACAGGAAGUGAGGGAUAUGGAGCGUUCCCUGGAUCUGUCGGAGUCUCCUUAUGGUCCUGCCUCCUAUCCAGUGGAGCUGAAUGGGGAGGAAACCCAGCAAGCGGCGUGCAGCUGGAGGCGAGAUGAAGAACCUCAGGGAUGUGGACAGUUGGAGAGGAGGUGGUUCCUCUGGCACCAGUUUAUGAAUGAACACGCCCAACUGGACACCUGGCUGCGAUUGGCCGAGCAGGCUGUCGGUUCCCCUCACCCCGCCCACCUUACCUAUGUCACUGCCAAGGAAGAAAUGAGGAAGUUUGAGAGGCUGCGGUGCGAGGCCGGGCCUCGGCUCGUCCAGCUGGACAGUCUGACCCAGAGGAACCGAGCACUGGCUCGGCUGUUUCAGGGUGUCAUGCGGGCUCGGCUUCUGGCCUUGGCGAGGGACUGCGGACAACGAUGGGACGACGCGAACGCCAAACUGGAAUCCAUCACCGAGCGGUUGAAGCUCUUUGUCUCAGAGUGGGAGGGGUUUGAGGCAGAGAGGGAGGAGCUUGCUCUCUGGUUGGCUGAGCUGGACGUCCGCUUGACCGAGGUGGAUCACCUGGCGGGAAACACCUGCGAAAAGUUGAAGCGACUACAGUCCUUCCAGCAGAGUGUGUGUGUGAACUCGGGCCGUGUGAACGUCCUGCUGCAGCGCGGCGAGGCCUUGAUCCAGCGCAGCGAACCGGCUGAUGCUCGGCGUGUGGAGAGUCGCCUGCUGGAGCUGCUGCGAAGCUGCAGCCUCGUCUACAGCAACAUCGCACGGACGCACACGCGGCUGCUGAGCAUGAGACUGGUGUUUGAGGAUGACUGGAUUCUGCCUCAGGCUACAGACUCUGGUUGCCCUUCAGAGACUUUAUUAGAAGAAGAGGUGGAUUCAACCCACCAGGACAUCCCUGUCAUUCCAAAACAUUCCAAAGCUUACCCCACCUUGGCCUGCUCCUCACCCGUUGACCUCCCUCCAUCCUCAGUCUCCCCUGCCCAUGAGCACCAGGGGCUGGAGUGGGACCCCUCCGUUGAUAUUGGACGCUCCGUCUCCCACGACGACGCUGACUCAUUGUAUUUCAGUGCCAGCACAGGUCUUUGUCACAGAGAUGGUGUGAAGGGGCUGAGCUACUUCAGCUCACUCAGCUCUCAGACUGAUAGCAAUGACAUCACCAAUCAGGAAGCUGAUCUGCAAUUGGAGGACUGGCUUGACCACGCCCAGCUCGAUGUCCCCUCACCAGUAGCAACCCAGGGGGGCAGGACUCGGCCAAAAGGACAACGGUGGGCGACCUCGACUCCUGACCGACAGGACGACGAGCCGGUCUGCUUUGAUGGCAGGCGCGUGAGGGCGUGGCUUGGUGUCCAAGGACCCGCCCCUCUGGAGAGGACGACUUCCUGUUCCAAGGCUGUGCAGACUGCCGGGCAGAUCGAGUGUCGCCACAGAGUCGCACCCGACCAGCUGCCUCCUCACCUCAACGACACACAACAGCCUCUUCCUGGCCCCGCCCCUCGUUUGUCACGUGACCUAAAGGCCUCCUCCGAUUGGGCGACGCACCAAUAUGGAUCCACUCUCCAGGCGGAGGAAGAGCAGUCCUGUCGUGAGGAAGCUGAGGGUCUUCUCUCCGAACGAAGUGGGACCUCCAGCAGCAGGCCUCCUUCCUGUCCGCUCUCCCCAGCCCUCCUCUUCCUCUUCCUGGCUGCAGCUCUCACCCUCCUGGCCGGUCUGAUCUGGGUCGUCCUGGUUCCGCCGGGUCGCUGCUUCCACCCAACACUGAGCUACGUCAACGGACCACCGCCUACAUGAAGACCACCCAGAGGCCCUCGGGAACACCGGGCUUGUACGGACGAUUAUGAACAUGUAAAAAUAAUGUUAAAAAAUUCUGAUUAACGCUGUAGAAAUGCAGCUUUAGCGCUGUGGGGAGAUGAAGUAAACGUCUAUGUUGAUAUCCAGAAAACCAUCGUGCCUCACAUGACUCCGUGAACAGAUUGAAUGAAGCGGAAGCUAACGGUUGAGGUGUUGGGAGAUGGGUUGAUACGCUUACAUAAUGACAUCAUUUAAACUGCCAUGCGUGUCGAAAUGAUGAAGUAUGUCGUACUUGAUAUUAAUCACAAACUGCCUUGUUGCACUGCGACGGCAUUUAUAUUUAUAAUUAAUGAAGAAUGUUUUCAAGAUGACGAAAGAAAAUGCUCUAAAGUUAAGGUCUGUUUACUUUUAGCCCAUUACAUGUUUGUACAUUACUGCUCGCUUUUUCUUUUCCCAAAACAAUCAAACGUGUGUAUGAAUGUGUUUCCCCUGUGUUUCCAGGCAGCUUUUGGUUUUAGAAAAUUGUUCUCAAAAUCAGCUUUUCAGAGACUUAAAAAACCUUCUGCAGAGAAAUCCUCCAUCCCAGUGAAAAGCCAAAGUUGUGUUGUGUCCUUCUUCUGCCAAGACCAGUUAUCUCACUACGAUCAAAACGCAAGCAGGAUGGAAUAUUAUUCUCACACAGAAACAACUGCGUUCUCAGGUUUCAUUUAAAGGGGAUCACAUUUUUGUCAGAACUUGUGUUUUUAGCCUUUUUAAGCUGUUUGACAAAAUCAUAGAGGGGAGAACUUCAUAAAUCAACGGUGAUCUAAAACAUUUUACUUUUUGUUUGUUAUUGUUUCAAAAACUGAUAUUGCAUCCAAUCAAAUGUUUAUGCUUCUGUAUCUGCGUUUGAAUACAACAAAUGAACUGCAUUAAAUAUUUAGCGGCG